AUGACGAACGAAAUUAGACCAAGCGUACAAAGGGAAGAGAAAGAAGAGAAGGAAUUAAGCGAAUUAAAAGUUAAUAAAGAAAAGAACGAGAAGAAGAUCGGUAUAUUAAAACAUAAUCAAGAGAAAGACGAAAAGAAAAUCAGUACAUUAAAGGACGAUCAAGAAAAAGUUGAGAACAAAUUAAGUAAAUUAGACGAUGAUGAUGAAUAUGAUUAUAUUACAAUACCACCAGAUGGAGGUUUUGGUUGGGUUGUUCUUGUGGCAUGCUUUAUUAUUAAUGUGAUUGUCGAUGGUUUUCUUAAUGCAUUUGGUGUCAUGUCGAGCGAUAUUCGAACUCAUUUUAAAUGUAGUGAAUUUGAGGUAACACUCGUUAUUUCAUUAGCUUGUGGUUUUUAUAUGCUUAGCGCUCCAUUAGCUUCUGCUCUAUGUAAUAAAUGGGGUUGCCGUCGUACUGGUAUUAUUGGAAGUGUAAUGGCUGCAUUAUCGAUUGGAUUAUCUACGUAUUCACCAAAUAUUGCAACAAUGUGGUUAUUGUUCGGUGUCAUUGGUGGUAUUGGUUUAGGCUUCGUUUAUUUACCAAGUAUUGUCAUGGUUGGAUAUUAUUUUGAAGAAAAACGUGUUAUUGCAACAGGUAUUGUCACGGCUGGUACGGGAGUUGGUACGAUUAUAUAUGGACCUCUCUCACAUUUCUUAUUUAAUACAUUUGGUUGGAAAUAUGCCUUAAUCAUGUUAUCGGCUAUAAUUCUUUGCUGUGCUAUAUGCUGCAUAUUCAUGCGGCCUUUAGAACCAAUACGAAAACGACGUGUUUUAGGAGUAUCUGAAAAAAUUGAUGACACUAUACACAAAGUCAUGACGCCAGCAUCUUCAAUCAAAGGAGCCAAAGUUGCCCCAACAAUUGUUAUAAUACCAUCUCAACAAGACGAAAAACUAAGCUUACCUGAUGUAGCAUUUGAAGAUGAAAAUAAGAUACGAUGUCGAACGGAAUCGGGUGUAUCAACUAAAUCAAGACACAGUAUUAGAGCUGAAGACGCUGUUCGUCCUUUAUAUAAAGAAGACGUACUUUAUCCAGGUGACACAAGAGAGUUACCUGAAUUUCAAUCUCAACCUGAUAUACCUACAUAUGUUCAACAAACAACAAAAGUUCCUGAAGCAGUUAAAGAAAGUAAAAUGAAAGCAUUUUGGGAUAUAUUUCUUGCUAUGACAAAUUUUCAUCUAUUACGUGAUAAAAAGAUGAUAAUUAUUUGUGUGGCUAAUUUUAUUUCAAUGGCUGGCUAUUAUAUACCUUUUGUAUUUAUUGUUCCUUAUGUUAAAUCAGAAAAGGGUAUUGAGCCAAAAGAUGCCGCUAAGCUAAUAUCACUUAUCGGCGUCACUAAUACAAUUUCUCGAUUCAUAUCUGGUUGGGUAGCAAAAAUUCCUCAUUUAUCACCAUUACUUAUCAAUAAUAUUGGUUUACUUGUUGGAGGUACACUGACAUUAUUUGCACCACUAUGUCAAACAUAUUUUCAAUAUGGAGCUUACUCUUUAUUAUGGGGUGGUUUUGUUGCAUUUCAUAUUUCAUUAAGUCCCAUAAUUGUUUGUCAAAUUGUUGGUCUUGAACGUUACAGUAGUGCUUUAGGUUUAUCUUUAAUGUUUCGUGGUGUGUCAACAUUACUUAGUCCACCUGUAAUGGGUGCAAUUCGUGAUAUAACAAAGAGCUAUUAUUUAGUAUUUGCAUUCAGUGGCCUUACUUUUAUAAUAAGUUCUCUAAUGCAUUUUGCUCUUAUAUGGAUGGAUCGUUCAAAUAAAGUAGAAGCUGCUGAUGAAAAAAAUAAGUCUAAGGAAUCUCAGGAAAAAUCAGUCGCGUCUGAUGUUUAA